ACACACACACACACACACACACACCCCUAAACCCACACAAAUGAAACCCCUUCUUCGGAGAAGCCAGCUACAGGAAACUGACUUAUGCACAGGAACUUGCUAACCUCUUUUGUCACAUUUGGAUGGUUCCUGCUGCCUCAGUCACCACACACACUCAACUCAACCAUUUUGGACUGGAAUCUCUACCAGCCCAACUCUUACAUUUUUAGUUCUUCCAGUGUGAACCAGUUAUAUUCUUGGGGAGGAAGAAGAGAUUGAUCUUAGAAGGAAAUCAAAGCAGUGAAAGGGUUUGGCUGCUUUUGCUUUUAUUAACCUGUACCAAACAACUUUGACUUCCGGAGUCAGUCAUUUUGCUGUCAAGAAAUGUCUUUAGCUUUCAACAACAGGUGACUUGGAGGCAAUUGUUCUACAGGUGAGCAUUUGGAAGUUAUUAAUCCAGAACUCUACUACCAGGCCCCUAAGCACCGACAUGUUCCCAAAGUUGCUGGGAUCCAUUAAACACUGAAGAUGGAGCGUGCUGUCAGUGGCCUUCCUUAAUUCUUGGAGCGGAAGCCAGUAGAGAGCUGUUUGAAAACGUCUCAUUCACACACACAGUUGAAGACCAGACUUUGGAGGUUUUCAAAGUAGAUCGAGGUCUCCCUCAGGUGGACGGAGAGAAGGAACAUUCUGAAGUUUGCUGUCAGAGGUCCUGAGAACUCAAACCCAUCUGGUUUGCAUUCUCUGUGUUAAAUGGCGUUUGCUUCAGCCAUUCAGGGAUUCUGAACUAGUAACUAGGAACUCAGGCUGGGAAGAUGCUGAGUUCCAUCAAGUGUGUGUUGGUGGGUGACUCUGCUGUGGGGAAAACCUCCCUGUUGGUGCGCUUCACCUCAGAGACCUUCCCGGAGGCCUAUAAGCCCACAGUGUACGAGAACACCGGUGUGGACGUCUUCAUGGACGGUAUCCAGAUCAGUCUGGGUCUCUGGGACACAGCUGGCAAUGACGCCUUCAGAAGCAUCCGUCCCCUGUCUUACCAGCAGGCUGAUGUAGUCCUGAUGUGCUACUCUGUGGCCAACCAAAACUCCUUUCUGAACCUGAAGAACAAGUGGAUAGGUGAAAUCAGGAGUCACUUGCCUUGUACCCCCGUGCUGGUGGUGGCCACCCAGACUGACCAGCGGGAGAUGGGGCCCCACAGGGCCUCCUGCGUUAAUGCCAUAGAAGGGAAGAGACUGGCCCAGGAUGUGAAAGCAAAGGGCUACCUGGAGUGCUCGGCCCUUAGCAACCGGGGGGUACAGCAGGUAUUUGAGUGUGCCGUCCGAACUGCCGUCAACCAAGCCAGGAGACGCAACAGAAGGAAGCUCUUCUCCAUUAAUGAGUGCAAGAUCUUCUAACUUGUGAAACACUUCACCCAACACUCGUUUGCUCACCCCAAAGACUAAUGGGGACAGAGCGAGCAGGCAGGCCAGCAAGGGUUGAUGUUCUUCCUGGGUAUAUCCUGAGCAGUGUUUCCUUUGGAUACAGUUUUUAUGGGACUUGGCCUCUGGAUAUUUUUGUUAAGAACACUUGGCAAAUGAACUCCUCGCGCAUUCCAAAUAGAAGAUCUGUUGAGAAGCUGUAAUUAAUAUUUCAUCUCCAAUCAAACAACUAAAAUGGUCUUCAUAAUUUUGGACAAUGAUGUGAGUUUUCCAAAUAAUUCCAUAUUUAAAGACACAUUGUAUUUAAAAGAUAAAAUAUAGAGCUCUUACAUAUAAUUCCUUUUCACACUUGGGAAGUUUUUUCCUACAUACAAACACAAACUGCUGUUAAGUGUGAAACAACCUUAUAGGGUUUUGCCCUCUUUCUGUAGUGUUAUUUUCUCCUGAAGUAAUGAUUUUGUGGAAGACACUUGCCUGCUAGGAAUUGAAUUUUAAAAGGUCCGUCAACUGAUCCUUACAAUGAAUUUUCUACCCAGCUGUUAUUCAAUUUGCAUAUAAAAUACAGUUCAAUAACAUAUGAUACUUUAAUACUGCCUAACGAUUUUGAACAGUUGUUACUCUAGUCUCUGUAAUUAUUAAAAAAAAAAGCAUUUCUUAUUUAUGAUGUUACCUUUCACCCACAGAACGCUAAUCAUGCACUAAACUAUACCACUUUUAUUCACCAAAAUUGACUGAAGUAAAACCUUUCAGGUAGAGAAUCAGAUUUCUCCAAGUAAUAGCAGCAGAGCUUGACACAGAACUGAAAAAGUUUCGCUUUCAUUGCCGCACACUGCCUGCAUCUUCCAACACUGGCUCCUAUCUGGUCUUGUGAAAGAGCAGGCUCAACGUGUAGGAAUCUGGAGAAUUUGUUAUUAGAGCUGUACACUGAGAUGGCAUGGCAACAUAAUUUAUUAAUUUUAGAAUCCAAUCAGAACAAGUAGGAAGGUGUCUACAUAUAUGUGUGUGUAAGAGAAAGAAGGAAUAAUGUAUAGCUUUUACUAUUUCAUGAAUAUGAAGCACCUGAGUAAAAAACAAACAAACAAAAAAACCCAAACAAACCACAAAUUCCAAGAACAGGGAACAGGAAAGCUGUAUAGCAAUUUUCAGAUAAUAAAAAGUUCUCAGGGCAAAUAUUGAAUAAAUGGUGACCUCCCCAAACUCCAUUUUAUCUGGUUAAAAGCAAUGGUAUGAUCAUGUGUAAAAAUUAAGAACAGAAGACUGUGUAACUUGAGGCAGAAAUUGUGAAGGUUGGCACCCAGGUAUAUAAUUUACUCACCUAAUCCAAUAAAACUCAGAAUCACUCUGAACCAUGUUUAUUAAAGUACAUCACUGUCGUGGUAUAACAUGGCCAUUACACACAAAUGGUAAGGCAGUUGACGUAAAUGACGAUGAUGAGUCUUACAUUGAUAUAACCAAACUAAUUUUUCAAUUUCCUUAUGUAGUCAAGUCUUUAUAGCUAUAAUCAGUGUCAAAAUCAGAUUUGUGCUCAUCUCCACACUGCUUUCUUUCUGUCCUCUUCUCUCACCAAUGUCCAGUAAAAGGCCUUUGACCUGGAUCUUAGUCUGUGGGUGCUGAGGUUCCCUCAUUCCCUGGGUUGACAUAUCUGCCUUUACCCAGCCAUCUCCAGCUCUCCAGUCCCGUGGCUUGUCCUUGCCUCUGUGUCACCUAUGUCCCUUGAUUUGAGAGCCCCUGUAUCUAGCUCCUGGCACUGGGUGUGCAGAGGGUUGAAAGGCUUGAAAGGUAACCAGGCAGGGGAGGCGAUUGAAGCUCAUCUCUAAUAUCCCUGUUGAUUAUCAUCCUCUCCCUCAACACGCAAACAAUCUUAAAUAACUCAUGCAGAUUUUUCCUUCAGAGCCAGUCUUUAGGUUGGGGCUGUUUAGCAUGUUAGCAGGAAUGAACUUCUAUUCACUAAAAUUGGCUAUCCCCAAGCUUUACUUUCUAGUUAAAGGGAGAUGAGGGAUGGGUGUGUUUGAAAAUGGGGAGGCCUGGGGACCAGAUUCUAAGUGAGGGAAGAAGAGUUGAUUCCAUGGUGGAAGGGGAGAGGAAGGGAGGGCCAGAGAGGGCCUCAGCAAAUGACUUUGUCUUCACCUGGGCAGACACACAGAUGAGCCCUCUGCCUUUUAGCAGGAGCCAAGCUUAAAUGCUCCCUCUGGGAACCCUCACACCUGAGAAUAAAAAUCUGUGAUCAUACCCUUCCCAGUGAUGGGACCUGGCAACAUUGAGGACAGCGGUGUCUGUCUCCCUAGCACACUAUGAGUUCUUGAAGACAGAGCCACCUCCUCUGUGUCUCAGUGUCCAGCACAGGGACGGAACCGUAGCUAAACAAACUUGUGUUGAAUUGGAGGCCGAAAGACAGGAAUUGGGCUGCUGUGCCAGCAAGUGGGUAUGGGAAGGAAGCAGACCCUCGUUAGCCUUGCAGGGGUAAGAAGUGAAAAUAGGUCAUUUUGUUGGAAUCCAUGUAAUGUAUAUUCUACGUGAGUGUAUAUUUAUUUUUGCCUGCCUAGACGCAGGCACAUGUUUCUUACACUUCAAAACUUGCGGUACUGUUUUUGUAGACUAUUGUAUGUUGAUUCUUAACUAUUCCACCUAGCAACAUUAAAUAUGUUAAAUAUGUUUAAUAUUUGUUAAUAAACAAAUUUUAAGUAUGUUCUUUUUUAUAUUAAAGAGUUGAUUUG